GAAGGACCAGAGGGAUCAGUGGGAUGGCUGCACAGCAGCUGCAAUGCCCGUGGGGUCCGCAGGGCAAUUGCAUGCUGCUGCGUCUAAUGCAACGGAGUGUGCUCAUCUGCCCUCCCUGCCCUUUCCAGGCUGUCAGGUGAACACCUUUUGGGGCUGUGGAAAGGAGAUUUGGGUAAGCACAGCAGUUUCUACCAACAGCAGACCAAGCUGGCUGCUCUCUAGGUCUGCUUCUAUUGCUCUGUAUUUCUCGGUCACGAUACUCGCUGGGAAGCGUGACUGUCCUUCAGUCAGCAGCGAGACUCAGGCUUGGGCCCACAGAGUUUCCAGAAGCAGCUGUGCCUGACUUUCAAAUGACUUUGAGGUGGGAAGAGCAACGCGCAGCAGCCUCUGCCAUUUUUGGCACACAAGCACAGCACUUAACCCGUUGUGCUGUCACUUUUAUUUCUUAUUUGGCUUGAAGAAGAGUCUUCAGGCCUGUUAAACACUUCAUUGCAGACCUCGGAAAUGCAGCUUGGGGUAAACUCCACAAGCAAAGGCUGGCGGUGAAACCCACCCAGGGUUUUUGGCGUAAAGCCCAUUUUUUUUGGAACUCCUUUCACCCAGCCCAGGAGGGUCUGUGCAGCUGAAGCAGCUGCUGUUUUGGUGGGCAAUCGUCCCCAGUGCCAAAGGAAGGAAUGGUGGAAGGACCAGCUCAGCUCUGUGGGGGCAGCAGACCUUCCCUGCCCAGGAGGACACCUGCUUUGGGGCCUAGGUCAGCAACACGAUGCGUUUGUGCCUUCCUGUGGCUGCUGCGUUUGAUGGAGAGCACGAGCAUGUCUGCAGAGCAGCAGCCAUCUCCCUUUGCUACAGGACAUAUGGGAUGAAUUUGGCCACUGCAGCUGGCAAUUGCAAAAUCUAUUUUUCUGCUCGCGUAUAAAGCCGGACUGUGACAUGAGAUGCUUGGACUGGUAAAAAUGACUGAUGGCAAGGAGGACCCUGCUGUGUUCACCACCACUUGUUUGCCCUCAGACCAGCGUCUACUUGCUACGGUGACCAAUGCGUACCUCGGCACCCGUGUGUACCGUGACAUCCUCCACGUCAACGGGGUGUACAACGGAGCGGUGGGCGACACGCACCGUGCUGACGUCCCCAGCCCCCUCAGUGUGAGGAUGACUGUGCCUGGUGCAGACAGCCUGGCUGAGACCUUCACCCUGAACACCCGGACGGGAACCUUCAGCCAUGUGCUUCAGUCAACCGAUUAUACAGCCACCCAUCAAAUCUACGCUCACCAUUCCCUUGUUCACUUGAUGGCUUUCAGCAUCACCAUCCGGCGGUCAGCUCACACUGGCCAACCCAUCACAGUGCAGCUCCAGACUCCUUUUGUGCCAAAGAGCCAGGACUUGGACCUGUACCAAGGAGAGGACUUCCAGGGAGCACACUAUGUCUAUGGGAAGACGCUGGUUCCUGAGGUAGAGGGGGGACCCCGGCCCACUAUUCAUAUGCUCUGGACUCCUGUGCCACAAGCCCUGACCUUGCGUGGGGAGGAGCAGGAGCGAUCCUGGGAGUUCCUGACAGCAGUGGCUGAAAGCGAAGAGGAGGUGAAGAGGAGCUACAGCGAGGGGCUGGCCCUCAUUGCCUCUGGCUCCCUGCAUUCCUCCCACACCCGUGCCUGGGACACACUGUGGCGAGGGUGCUGCAUCGACCUGGAUGGCCCUCUGCUUCUAAGGCAGGCCCUCUACGGGUGUCUGUAUUACCUACUGAGCGCCAUCCCUCCCCGGGACAGCCCGGGUUUCCUAUUCCAUGGCAUCAGCCCUGGCGGCUUGUCCAACGGUACCCGGGGCGAGGACUACUGGGGGCACGUCUUCUGGGACCAGGACACCUGGGUGUUCCCGAACAUCCUGCUGUUUUACCCUGAGGCUGCCCGAGCCAUUUUAGAGUACCGAAUUCGCAUGCUGGAAGGAGCCUUACGCAAUGCAGAGGAGCAAGGCUACAAGCAGGGUGCUAAGUUCCCAUGGGAGUGUGCAGCCACUGGCCAGGAGGUGUGUCCUGAGGACAUCUAUGGAGCCCAAGAAAUUCACAUCACUGGGGAUGUUUUGAUGGCCUUUGAGCAGUAUUAUUACACCACGCAGGACCAGAAGCUGUUCAGGGAGAAUGGAGGAUGGAAGCUGGUGGGGGCCGUGGCUCAGUACUGGUGCAGCAGGAUGGUGUGGAGCGAGGAGGAGCAAUGCUACCACAUCAGAGGUGUCAUGCCCCCAGAUGAAUAUCACUACCAGGUUGAUAACUCUGCUUACACCAAUGCCUUGGCCCAGCGGAGCUUACGUUUUGCAGCUGACAUUGCUCAAGACCUCUCGAUCCCUGUGCCAGAGGAGUGGGUGGAAUGUGCCAACAAAGUCAAAGUGCCCUUUGAUAUGGAGAAGAAAUAUCAUCCUGAGUACGAUGGUUACAGCCCAGGUGAGCCUGUGAAACAAGCUGAUGUUGUCUUGCUUGGAUUCCCUCUGAUGCACUCCAUGAGCCCUGAGGUCCGGAGGAAUGAUCUGGAGAUGUAUGAACCUGUCACUGAGCUGAAUGGGCCAGCCAUGACCUGGAGCAUGUUUGCAGUGGGCUGGCUGGAGUUGAAGGAGAUGCAGAGGGCACAGAGCCAACUGAACAAGUGUUUCAGCAACAUCAUGGAGCCCUUCAAGAUCUGGGUGGAGAAUUCAGAUGGAUCUGGAGCUGUGAACUUCUUGACAGGGAUGGGUGGAUUCUUGCAAGCUGCCCUCUUUGGUUACACAGGGUUCAGGCCACGGUGGAUAUCACCGUGGAUCACAAAGACCAGCCUUCUCUUCAACCCCUCGUGUCCUGAUGACGUCCGCAAGUUGAAAGUCACCGGUAUCUCCUACUUGGGGAACAAACUGAAGUUCACCAUCACCACGGAAGAGAUCAGGAUUAAAGUGACUGAAUCUCCCCUUGACCCUCCUGCGCUGCCCCUGGAGGCAGUGCUGGAGGAGUCAGGGCAGCGGUUUCCCCUGGGUGAAGGGCAGAGCAUCUCCUUCCCCACUGCAGCUGGAUGGAUUCAGAGGUUACCCACCAAGGUGCAUUAAAGCCUGGCUCAUCUGGGUUUUGCAUGAUGGGGACUAAAAUCCUGAGAGGAAGAAGGAUGAGGCAUUCUUGUGGUGUUCUGGCCUGUGCCAUAAAACUUUUGCCCCUGUGGGACUGUGUAUGCUUUGUUUUUUGGGCCUGGUGAAGGUAUGUGGAGCACUCACCACACUGGGCUGGCAGCAACUCUUUAAGUGAAGCUGAGCAUCCUUGUCCACAGUGGGGGCACUGAGCCCCUUGUCCCCACUUCACAGGCUGUCCCCAUCUCUCCCUUAGAGGGGACAACACCAAACCUAAAAGCCACGUCCUUUGCAUGAGGAGAGAACGGUGGAAUGGGUGAGCUCAGUUUGAAAUGCAUUCCCUGAGCGGCCUGCAGAUGCUAAACCCUGAGAAAGCAGCAGGUGCUCUUCCUGCUGUGCUUCUCAAAGGGUUUUGCAGGCUUGGCCAUGGCUGCUUUGUCACAUCAAUCCACAGCAACAGCCAGCAGAAAGAGGAGGAUCCCUUGGCCUCUGUUGUUUCAAGUGCCAAGCACCAGCACCCCGAAACCUUGACACCCCUGUACUGAGAAAUGCUGCUGGGGCAAUGUGAUGAGGUGUGGACAAAGGCAAGGCUGAAACUGA